GUUGUUCAAUCUCGUGUUGAGGUUUACGACGUCGUGUCGCGGAGUCUAGCAGGAAAUCACAACUACGCAGAGCUACCGCAUGGAUGUCAUAUAGGAGCAGUUUGGAAUCUCUUGUGGACCUGGGGUCGGCCGAACAUCGACUACAACAAGCUGUUCGUGUGGCAGAGGGUGAACCACUUCCCCGAUAGUAAAUUCCUCACCAGAAAAGACUGCCUAAAAAGAUGUGUCGAUCGGCCCCAGAUGGUCGAAGCCUUCCGAGUCAUCCCCGACACGUUUGUUCUUCCUCGGGAUUACUGUCAGUUCGUAGACGCCUACACCAAUAACAGAAGCUUGGACCCUCCAAAAACUAUGUGGAUAUUGAAACCUGUAUCCCUUUCGCGUGGAAGAGGCAUAAGCGUCAUCUCCGAUAUCAGCGAAGUCCAUUACAGAGAGCCCAGCAUCAUCCAGGAGUACAUCGAGAAACCGUUGCUACUAGACGAGUACAAAUUCGAUCUCCGGGUUUACGUCCUGGUGAUGAGUUUCAAUCCAUUGGAAGCUUACAUCUACAAGGAAGGUUUCGCUAGGCUCGCUACGGUGAAGUAUUCAUCCAGCCCUUCAAAUUACAGGAAUCGGCUCAUGCAUUUGACGAAUACUAGUGUGCAGAGAAAACAUGCUGGCAGUCUCCCUUAUGAUAAACAUCGCAUGCUGGGAGGUAAACUCGUGCUUGUUAUCGAGCCUCGGUGUUUUUUUCGAGGUACCAAGCUGUCAUUUGAAGAUCUAAGUGAUCGACUCGAGGAGAGAGGCAUAGGCUGGGCGAUACUCUGGGAAAAGGUCAAGGAUGUGGUCGUGAGGACGCUGGUCAUGUGCGAGCAUAUGAUUAAUUUCCAGGUCAACUCAUUUGAGCUGUAUGGCUUCGACGUUAUCUUCGACGAGUCCCUCCGUGCUUGGCUACUCGAGGUGAACUCAAGUCCGAGCAUGAACUUAGACACUCUGCUGGAUGAGAGGAUCAAAGUUGCACUGAUAAGGUACGGGACAAGCAUCUUCGGCAUCCGCUG